AUAACAAAAGUAUAAAUUGAGAAUCUCUAGUGUUAGUUACAGUACCUACCGACUAAUAUUGAAACAAGAUGACCAAGCUCACACUCUUCUUCUGCGCUAUUAUUUUGGCAUCAGCCUACUCAUACCCUAAAAAUGUGUCAGAUGACUCAGAUGACUGCAUUGAUACAAUUAAAGCAAUCGUUUAUAUUACCGAAAUUUUUAUUGAUCUAUUUCUGAAAGCAGCUCCACAAUUAAUUGAUGAAAUAAAAGACAUUUGGUCUGACUUUGAGGUGCUGGAGGUAGAUAUUGCAAGUAGUGUUUAUGAUGUCAUUUUUGAAUUAGUGAAUGAUAAAUUACGGACUUGGUCAGAAAAUACAACUGACGCUGGAAAAAAACUGGCUAAUUGCCUAAUCGACGCUAAUGAUGCUGCUGCUGCUGUACCAAUGGAUUUUAUCAACCACACACUCGUCUGCAGUGGAGAUGAUUUUAUUGCUUUGGUCAAAUCUUUGCCAGCUUUGAUAGAAGACCUUACUGAUGUUCAGGUAGAUGCCAAAAGAGCAGCUGAUAAAAUUAACGAUUGUGAUGGACAUGAUUAUAACACAGCACUCUGCGUUCUCGAUGUAAAUUCCUUCCACACUCAACUACUAAUACCAGAAUAUGAUAAUCUUAUUGAUACCAUAAAAGAACUCAUCCAUAAUGUAGAAAAGACUCUUGACCGAUCCAUAGAAGACGUAACCAAAGCUAUUAGUGAGAUAGACCACAAUUAUACUGGUUCUCAAAAUAAAAUCGUUAAUGCUUGGGCCAAAAUUAUUAAUGGUAUUUUUAAAAAACUCACAAAUGUUUUAGAUCGUAUAGCAGAAGACAGCACAGCUUUAGGUAAGAAACUGGCUAAAUGCUUCGAAGACUCCAACAUUAAUUUAGUGCCUGUUUUAUUUGUAAACCUAACCUUAAGUUGCAUUGAAGACGAUGUGAUUAAAGUAGCCGAGUCUUUAGGACCGCUGGUAAAGCAACUUGCAGAAGUUCAAAAGAAGGCUAAAGCAGCAACCGAGAACAUUGAUGAGUGUGGAGAUAAUAUCACUGAUAUUGGAUGUGUUCUUAAGGUAGCUGUGGACUUGGUCCGCAUAGCAGGUGAAAUACCAGCGAUAAUAGAGUCAGCACUUGCUCCAAUUGAAGGAGCUAUAGAGAACUUAAUAAAAAUAUUUCAAACAUGUGCCAAAGAUAAUAAUCACCCCAAUGCAGCCAAAAUUCUGGGGCAGAUAGGAAACUGUGUAAGAGCAUAGAUGACUACGAUGUG